AUGAGACUUUUGAAUGAAGGAGAUGAUGUAGAAUAUCUAGAAAAAAACCUUUAUUAUAAAGCAACGUUACAUGGAGGUUAUCUAUGCGAUAAAGAUAGAAAAUAUCAUACAUUUAUGGAGUUUAUACGAGCAGCGAAAAAAUUAAAGCCAAGUGAUCAACCUUCCUCUUGUUUUUUUUAUAAUUUGAAAAUUAACGGUAUGACUUAUACGGAAGUUCGCGAUAAAAUCUAUAAGCUGAUUUUUUGUGAAGAUGAUGAUACAUCCCUCGAGAAAUCCACAGAACUUCCAGUUACAAAUACCAUUGAAACGGUUCCUUGGAGUGAUAGUCUCGAGAGUCGCCUCUGCCAGCUGUAUGCGAGGAACAACAUUGUGGACAUAUUCUGGGGUCUAAACCUUAAAGAAGACGAUGCAACUUGGUGUGUUUACGUUGUUACUCGCAAUCUCCUACGUCAAUGCGAAAAAAUAGAGAAGAUCGGAGAUCAAGUAAUUAAUUUCAUAGCAGUAGAAGAAGGGUUUGCCAGUGCCGAAAUUCCACCACAAAGUCCCCAUGAUCCGCUGCCAACCUGGAAGAAGACCCCGAAAAAAUUACAAAAGGCUUUUGAUGAAGCAUUAGACAAUGAACUGGGCCCAUCGUUCCGUAAGAUGCAUUAUAAUUUGGUCGGAAUGAGCACUGGCUAUAAGCGAACUCAAGGCAAGUUUACUGAAAUCUCCGCUAUCCUAUUAUACGUUCGCCAGAAGGGGAUUCUGCGUCGUGGAUGUGUCAAGUUCCCUGAUGAGAUUCGUGGAUAUCCAACAGAUAUUGUUGAGGCAUGCGUUGCAACUCCCUAUGGUUUUGGUGCAAGUGCUUGCCAAUCUUAUCAGGAAAAGGUUAUGUUAGGGUCGAGUAUAGGAAUAAUUGAAUCUCAGGGGACUUCUGGAACUCUCAGUGCUGUCGUAUAUGAUAAAAACCCAAGAAAGAUUGGCAUCCUCUCAUGUGAGCAUGUAUGUAGGUUUAAUAAUUCUAGCGCUGGAAAGGGUGUUAUAAUUUACCAGCCCUCGCAUAGAGAUAUAGAUGGUUUGAAGGAGUCAUUUGUUGAAAUGGCAAGAGUAAAUAAAGCGUACACAAAAUUUUCAGAAGAAAUGUGUACCAAAAUCGAAGAGGAUAGAAAGAAAUCAGCUCUAGCGUUUUAUGAGCGUGGUAUCCGAGGCAACUUUUUUUCUAAAAUACAUAAUAGGUAUUUUGGCAUCGAUGCUGCAUUUUGUAUUGCCAGUAGCAUCAAUCGUACAUUAUGUCCAAACAAAUUUUCAAUUUCCCAAGAGGACUUCAAAAAAGCAAAGCUUUCCGAAGACACUUAUCUAAAAGACUUUUACGAAUUGGAAGAAUUGGAAGAUGUUGUUGACAUCGAUGUCUUUAAAGUAGGAAAGGCUACUGGUCUUACUUUUGGAAAAUUAGUCCCUAUUUAUUCUGCUGUUUCCAUUGAUCUGAGACACAACAUUGAAUCCGUAAAAAAAAAUGGAGAAAUUCCCUCUUAUAGUAAAGACGUGGACAAAAGAAUAUUUGCUGAUUACAUGAAGACGCCCUUGGUCGAAAAAAUUAAUGAAAUGCGGCAGCAAUGUUAUCCUACAGUGUGGUUUGAUCGACAAUUGAUAUUCGACUUCAAACAUGGAGACUUCGUACCCGGAGACUCAGGAGCAAGUGUUGUGGACAAAGAAGGAAAGGCUCUUGGUAUCCUCCAUGCGGCAUGGAUAACAGAAAAUUCCAGUUACGCCAUUGCUUCUCCUUACUUUGCUGUUUUUGAAGCAUUGGACGUGGAAAGUCUAGAUCGAAGUAAAUCGCAUACUGCAUCUUAA